UCUAAAGAAAAGCUUAACUAAUAUUCACUUUGCUUAUGUUAAUCUCUAACUUAAUUUUCAAUUGUCUUUUUGCCCUUACAUUAGUCUCUAAGUUAAUUGUAAGCCCUUUAUAAGUAUCAGACUCCGUUACUCUCUUCCUUGAACCUCACCUUCAGGGACACAGACCACCCACCCACCCACCCCCAUCCCGUUCCGUUCUCAUCCCCAACUCAACCACCUUUCUUUCUUCCUUCAAUCUCUUCCAAAUUCAGUAUCCAAUUCUCUUUCAACCUUUCUCUCUUUUUCGACAAACGGAAAAUCAUUCCAAUGACAUCACCAUCUACUACAAUACCAAUCACAGUAACCAACACGGACUCGUCACGUGACUCAAAUACAAAGAAACCAAAGAACAAGAAGCAUCAUCAAGAUUCUCAAGAUUCUCAAGGUUCUCAGAUUCAGAUCAACCCUAAAUGGAAAUCCCAAGCGCAGCAUCAAAUCUACUCCGCCAAGCUUCGUCGAGCCAUAACAUCGCUCAACUCAACAACCACUCCUCGCCGUGGAAAAGCCGUCCGAGAAGCCGCCGACAGAGCUCUCGCCGUGACAGCCAAGGGAAGAACCCGAUGGAGCCGAGCCAUUCUGUAUAGCCAGCUCAAACUCAAGUUCAGGAAGAAUAAGAAUAAGAAGAAGAAGAUACAUCGCGUAACCAAGAAGUCGAGAAUCAAUGUUUUCCGGUUGAAAGGAAAGGUGGUUCCCGGUGUACAGAGUAAAGCAAGGUUUCUUGGACGGUUGGUUCCUGGUUGUAAGAAGGAACCGUUAUCGGUAAUUUUGGAAGAAGCUAUUGAUUAUAUACCUGCGCUUGAGAUGCAGGUUAGAGCCAUGAGUGCUCUUUUCAAUCUGUUAUCGGCGUCUACUUCCGGCGCCGGUGACGGUUCUGGUUCCGGCUGUUAAAACACUUUUGGUUUUCGGGUUUUAAUUUGUAUUUAAUUGUAAUAUACGUCAAGUGUCCAUUUUUUUAAUUUUUAUUAUUGUUAUUAUUUACUAUUACCUCUUUUAAGGGAAAAAUUAUAUGUCCUUGUGUGUUUUCUUUUUCUCUA